AUGGGCUUUGGUCUUAGAUGGAGAAUUUGGGUGAAGGAAUGUGUGACUACAGCGUCUAUAUCAGUGUUGAUCAAUGGGUCACCAUCCAAGCCGUUCAAGAUGGAGAGAGGACUCAGACAAGGAGACCCUCUAUCUCCUUUUCUGUUCGUUCUUGUCGUUGACGUUCUGCACAGGAUGGUGGGGGAGGCUGUAAGGAAUGGACGAAUUUUUUCAUUGCUGGUGGGAAGGGACAAUAUAGAAUUGUCGCAUCUCCAAUUUGCAGAUGACACAAUCUUAUUCUAUCCACAGGAAAUAAUAAAAUCCGUUCUCAAUAGUCUGCCGGUUUACUACUUGAGCUUGUACAAGAUGCCAAAAGCGGUUGCAGAAAAGAUAAUUGGACUUCAGAGAAGGUUCAUGUGGAGUAAAGAGGAUGGGAAUUAUGGUAUACCACUGGUGAAAUGGGAGGUAGUUCAAGCUCUGAAAAAGCUAGGUGGCUUGGAGCCAGACCUUGCCAUCAAGAGGGGCCCUUGGAAAGAUAUCUGCCAGCUUAAUAUCAAGGAGCAACAGGUAAGAGACAAGAUGAUCAGUGGUUUGUCUAUGGAGAUGGAAAACGGCAGGAGCACUCGUUUUUGGGAGGAUGCUUGGUUACAAGGUGGCUCUUUGAAAGAUAGUUUUCCGAGACUCUUCUCUGUUUCAAAUCAACAAGGUUUCGUAAUAGGGGACUGUGGCUUUUGGGAUGUGGUAGAGUGGGUGCUGCAGAAAGAGAUUCUUUCAGAAGAUAUCAUGAGUUACAGCUUCACUAGUUCGAUUUGGCAUGGCUUGGUGUGGUGUGCUUGGUUGAAGUAUGCUGAUAGAGCAUGGGCCAUUAUUCUGGGACCGUUAAAGAAUUCUUCGAGAGUUGGACUGGAGUACCAGGCAGAAAGUCGGAGCACCAGAAAUGGCUAA